AUGAGGCCCUUAUUCCUAGUCCUUUUUGGGCUUUUUGGGCCUUGUUGGUCUGUGAAGCCUGUUUGGAAAACGCCUGUGUCUGAACCUAAUCCUAAUGCUAAUUUGGAAGCUUUAAAGGGACAUUCAAGUUUGGCUAAAGAAAACUUUUUGAGAAGUUUUUGCAAAAAUUUGAAUUUCAACUUCAAAAAUUGGAUACAAUUCCAAAAAAAUGUUAUAAAAAACCCAAAAAAAGUCUCGCUCCCGGGUGGGCUCGAACCACCAACCUUUCGGUUAACACGUGCUCAACCAAACUACUACACUCGGCCGGAACAAGUCUCAAUCCCUGAUUAUCGUCCGCCUCCGCAACGAAAUCCAUCCCCAAAAUAUCAACAAGUGCCACCUCAUCAAUUAACAUCUGGUGGAAGUUUUCGUCCAUUUGCAUGGGUUGGACCGCAGCCAAAAGCAGGAAGUCCACAAACAAGUUACUAUGAAAAAGCACCUAAUAAAGGGCAAUUCCCAAAUGGAUUGCCUCCAUUACCACCAAAUUGGCAACAGUAUCCUGUACAAAUGAUUUGGAUUCCUGAUACGCCUGGGCAGACAACUGGACCGUAUCCCUAUUACCCGGGACCACAGGGGCCACCAAUUCCAACUGGAACAUAUGGUUUGUAUGGACCUACAGUAACCACAGAGGAACCAAUGAAACCAUCUGCGUAUCCAGAGACUUAUACAGGAACCCUCGCUCACAGCCCUGCCGCCAAUCCCAUCACCACCACCAUCCCCUACGAACCUCCAAACCCAUAUGGCGGUCGUCAGACCGAGGUGUCGCCUUCUUCAGAAUUCCCAACGCCUUCUGAUUCUUAUUCAACUUCAUCGCAAGGGUACACAGACACCACGGGAUCCUAUGGGUCCACAGAUGGAACCUCUUAUACUAGUGGACCAAGUUCCGCAAAAACCGUAAACCCAACCAUCCGUCCAGGACCUCAGGAACCGAGUGGAGGAGGUGGGACCACUUCAAGGAUCCCGAAACUUCCACUAGAUGCAGAUGAUACCAGAGAUCGAGAGCCAGCGGAUUCUGGAAGAUCUACAACUUCUUCUGGAGGACCAAGGACCCCUGCUGGAGGAUUUCCUGAUUCUGAAAAUGGUCAAUCAACUACUUUUGGACCCUUGGGAUCUUCUAAGGGACCUAGCAGCUCUCCUGGACCUUCUGGAAGAUCCAGAGAUUCUGAAAACGGUCUUUCUACUGUUUUCAGACCCACGGAAUCUUCUAAAGGACCUUCCGGAGGCUCCAAAGAUUCUGAAAAUGGUGGCUCAACUUCAUUUGGCCCCUCUGGACCUGGAUCAACUUCAUCUGGACCCAAAGUUCCUAUUAAAGGCUCCGAUUCCACUCCAAACCUCUUCGAAAUGACCACCAAUCCAUUCAACGAACCCAUUGGCUCCACGAAAACGGUCCCGCCCAUCUAUCUAGGAUCAGAAGAAGAGGAUGAGGAACCACCAGAGGAUAUCAGCAAUGUCACGGAGACACCAGACUCCUCAGAAAAUACCCAGAUCCCUGGGGCGCCUGGAUCGAGGACCCCCUCAAAUCGUUCGACAUCUACGGAAACUCCAGAAUCUUCAAAAUCCACUGAAGACACCGAAGAUCGGGACCGCGAACGAGGCGAAAGCGCUACACCGACACCACAAGAGGAAGAGGACGAAAUGAUGAAGAACUUCUUCCCACGACCUGUCAGUUCACAGGCUUAUCAGCCGCCUGGACAUCAGCCAGAGGAUUUUACAAGUCAUAUAAAUGUGAAUUUCAAAAAGCCAAAGGGUAAAGGAGGAUGUGUGACACCGCCGUGUAGACGAGUCGAUACUGAUAAGAUCUCACUCUACAAACCGGACCGUGAUAAUGAGGGAUCUGGGCCGACUCUAGUGAUCAGCAACGCGGCAAAAGAUGAUGCUAGUCGUGCUGGAUACAAACCUGCUCCACCUCCAAUUAAUCCAUAUAUCCCACCACCUCCACCACCUCAUCCAGAAGAAGAAUACGCCACUCCGUAUACUGUACCUCCUGGAAAACAGCCAUUCCCUCCAUUUGGUGGACCGGCGACACCGCCAAGAGCACUGAUUCAUGCUCACAAUUUCCCACCACCGCCAAGUACACCUCCGCCAGAUGAGGAUUAUCAUGAGACUACGAUGGAUACAAUCCGCCCAACAGCUCAAACCAUCUCGGCCCGAUUCGUGCCUCCAUCUCCAACGACAACUCCUCGACCCAUCGAAUCCACGACAACCGAAGAAGACGUUCCAGAAUACGUUCCACCAGCCAUCGUCCAUAUGACAGCUAGCACACCACGUGGCAAAAAUCCACCAACCUAUGUUCCUCUUCAUCCGAAGACGUCUUCAGAAGUCACUCCAAACCCAACGACUUCUCAAAAUUCGAAAGAAACGCAAACACCCGCUUCAGUCACCAGACAACCAGAAUUCCCAUCGAGAAGUAGUGGUCCACCAGGUGGCGGAAAUUUCGGCGGAAGUUCUACAGUAACCCCGGGACCUCGAAAUUCUGAAACUUCAGUAACCACCCCUGGCUUUUACACCGAAGUGUUUACGGAUCGAGAGAGGACGGAUUCGGGAGAAUCUGAAUCAACGACCGCGCCUUCUUCUGGAUCUUCAUCUAGAUCCACUGAUGGCUGGAUCUACACCACAUCUUCAACGCCUUCUGAAUCGGAAUACAUCACUCCAUCUUCUGGUUUUCCAACUUCAUCGACUUCAGAAUUCUCCACGGAUCAUUUUACUCCAUCUUCUGAAGGCCCAUCUGGAUCUACGACGUCUCCAUCAGGACCUUCUGGGCCUACAGCGGCUCCUACCACGCCUUUAGAAUCUUCUGUUACUCCUGAAAGACCUUCUGGACCUUCAGAAUUUCCACACAGACCUUCUGAUUCUACAGAACCUCCUGAAAGACCUUCUGGACCUUCUGGACCUCCACCGUCUCCUGGAAGAUCUUCAGAAUCAACGACGCCUCCAGAAUCCCUUACCUCCGUGUCUACCGACAGAUUCCGUCCAUCUGAAUUUGCCACGUCACCAACUCCGCCUCCAGAAUCCACCAGAAUCGUCACGGCAAGCUUCCCACCAAGUGAAGGAUCCUCACCUGGUAUCCUGCCAAGUACCAACCCACCGCCACGUGGCAAUCCGUAUGCACCGCCAGAAGGUGCACCAAGAGUUCCGAAUAGGCUUAUUGGAAAACCCCGAAUCUUGUGCCUGGAAGAUGGUAUCAGUUUUGAGGUCAAAACGAUAUUGCCAUUGUCGGGAGAAGUGUUCGCCAACGAUCGGAAAAGAAUUCCAGAGUGCCAAAAAACGUUUACCGAAGAUGCGAAACCCAAAGUCUUCCUUCCAUUUGCCACUUGUGGGGUAAGAAAUGUUGGUGAACAAGUGGACAGUCGCGCUCAAUACCAUAUGCAAGUCGUUCUCAUAAUUGACCAAGGCAACGGAACAAACACACUACAAUCAUUUAUGGCUCAAUGUGUCCAUCAGAAGGUCAAUUAUAAUAAACAGAUUUUGCCGAAAAGAAUUGAAGAGGCGUUGGAAGAACUCCGCUUGGUGCCAUCCAAACUGGAACAGAAAGCGUCUAUGCCUAGUGUCCAAAUGCAAAUUGUGGUGGAUGAGGGACAUCAUAAAUUGGGUGCUGAGGUUUCUGCAGCGGAUAUUGGAAUGCCGUUGGCACUCAAAUGGAGCAUGGUUCCGGAAUCGGACGCCUACGGAAUGCACAUUCGAAAUUGCAAAGUGGUCGACGCGGUCGGAAAAAUCGACCACACGCUUAUUGAUGAGCAAGGAUGUUCUGCGGAUCUUCAGAUCAUUGAUCAUCCUCAUUAUGACACUUAUCAUGAUACCGCAUCUGCCCAUAUGUGGGCGUUUAAGGUGCCAGAUAUGUCAAGUUUGCAGAUCAAAUGCGAUAUUUUAAUCUGCUCAAAUAUCAAGUCAUCGGUAACAAACACCACGAGUUGUGAGGAUAUUCCAUCGCCUCCAUUCUGCGCUGACGUCGUCACGUCUCCUCCAAACUCAAUUCUCUCCGACGCCUCAUCAUUCAUCAAACAUCGUCGUGCUUCAGUCACCGCUCCUGAAGUCUCCACGUCUACACAAUCAGUGAGGACGUCGAUUUGUUUGUCGAAGACGUGUCAGCCGAAUUUUUCGGAAGAAAUGCGAGUCUGUAUAAACACUCAACUGGCAACGACAUCAACUGGAAUAUCGGUUGCAUUCCUAAUAUUCGCAAUCAGUUUUCAAAUUAUCGCAAGGACGAAACGAAAUUUUAAUUAA